GCCCCACCUUGAGUCACGUGCUCAUAGUCACGAGACUAGACGAAAUCACCCAAUCACGCAGAGCACCAAGUCUUAUCUCACGUGAGCCCCGCCAUUUCUCCACCUCCUCCUCGGUCCUCGUCUUCACGAAAAUAAAGACGCACACUCACUUAUACAUACAAAUAUUCCUAUAUCUCUCUCAUCUCCCUCCAUUUCCAAACCCUGUAAAUCCAAAUUCGCUUUUGUUUCUGCUUCCUCACGUUCAAAUUCCUAAACCCUAACCCUAACCUGAAUUCGUAUGUGAUUUUUACAGUUAAAGGAGUAGUGUGAUCGGAAAAUGGAUUCGCAGGCGAACAAUUUGUACGAUACGGCGUCGCAGCCGGACACGGGCAACGAUGCCUACACAUUUUUAGAAUUCAGCACACAGGGAGAGGAAUUCGAUUAUCCUGAGUUUCACGAGCUUUCGCAGCCAAUUCGAUCAUCUGCGUGGCCUACGCCGUCCGAUUCUUUAGUCUCGGAAGCUCCUGAUCGGCUACCAUCGUCAUCCGACGCUUCUCCUUCCGCCAAAUCACGUGGCGGUGGUGGAGGAAAUAGUAAUAGUAAAUUUAGUAGUAAUAAGGCGGCGGCAGUGUCGGUGGAUGCAUUGGCGGCGGGAAUGAGCGGGUUGAAUUUUGAAGAGACAGGUGAUGAUGAGAGUUUUGAGUAUGGGAAAGGGGAUUUUGCUGUUGAACAUGCUUGCAAGUACUGUGGAGUAGCCAAUCCUGCUUGUGUAGUCAGGUGCAACGUGCCAUCUUGCCGCAAAUGGUUCUGUAAUUCGAGAGGGAACACUUCGGGUUCUCAUAUUGUUAAUCAUUUGAGGUGUUAUGACUUAUCAACAAAAAUGGCGUGAGGUGUGAUGACCUCAGUCAUUGCUUGUCAAGUUUGUUCAGACCUGCUGAUUUAUUUUUUCCAUCUGGUCCGAUGCAACAAAGGAUGUUGCUGCCUCUGGUUGAAAGAGGAGAGAAAAAAUGAAUUGAACUGAGCUUCCAUAGUUUGGCUUUCAAGGAUGAUUAUACUUACUACAGCUGGCGGGGAUUGUGUGAAAUCUGCUAUAUUGGAUUUACUUCCAUCUCUAUGGGUCAUGGAACAGAAAAACUUUACUAUUAAUUUCUUAAUAUAUCAAGAAUUGAGUUUUUUUUUUGCAAUUUGAGGAACUGGAAAACAAACUAUUGAAAGGUGGAAUCAAACAAGUCCAACUGAAAAAUAAUGUAAGAGGAUUCAGGCAACCAACUCCCAGCAUGGAUUAAAGCGCACUAGUAGCAGUAGUUGUUGUAAUUUAAGGAAUUGAACUUAUUGGUCAGUACUGAUGAAGAAUCUUUUGUGGCUCUAAAAAUGCGCUUAUUCUCUCAGUUCAGUUCUUUCUGUCGGAUGUGGUAAUGAGUAUUCAACCCUAGGAAUAUGAAGCCAUUGUUUCUUAGACCUGAGUCUUUUGUUUGGAAUGCUAAUAAUCAUGUAGUCUCCAGAGUUGCGCGAGGGCGUAUAAUUUGUGGUGUCCAUUUCUUCUUGUUCUGAUAAGUGAUAACUUGAUUUUUCUCAGAUCUUUGAAGAUUUUAUUUGCUUCUGCAAGUACAUACUCUUAGAUGUAGAGAAAACUUUGAACUGUUAUUUUUAUUUUAUCAAGCUGAAAAGCUAGGGCCUCACCUUUUGCUGAUUGUUAAGGAGAGUUGAUUUGCUCUAUCUUUUGCUGAUUGUUAAGGAGAGUUGAUUUGCUCUAUUUGAUAUUUCUUUUUUUACAUGUUCAAUGUCCAUUAGAUGUGAGUUUACCUGAUAAGAUACGACACAGUCACAUAACUGCGUGCUACAUUUUUUUCUUGAUACUAUAGCAAACAGUGGGAUAUCUACAUGCAUUGACUAAAAUAUAUUAAGAAACCCUCAGGGGUUGACCUGGUGGCAAUUGACUUGAGCCUUGGGGUAUGCUCCCUUUCAAGGUCUCAAGUUCAAAACCCAC